AUGAAGUGCCUCUCAGUCCUAGCGGCCAUUGCGGCCCUGACGAGCUUCGCCUCCGCCGCCCACUUCGUCACAACCAAUGGCACGCACUUCAAAGACGACAAGACGGGCAACGCCUACAAGCACUUCGGCUGCGACGUCCACCGCGGCCAUGCCUCCUCCCACUUCAACGACACCGUCAAGAAGCUGCACAAAGACAAAUCCCACAAACUCCACAAACACCCCAUAGCCCUCACGCGCUCCGCGCGCGGCAGCAAGCGUCAAGCCACCGGCCAGACUACAGCGCCGAUCGCCAUCAACGCCUACUUCCACAUCAUCUCCACCGCCGCGCAAGCCGCCAGCGUCACCCAGGACAUGGCGACGCAGCAAAUGGCCGUGCUCAACGCGGCCUACAACCCCUACGGCAUCUCCUUCACGCUCGCCGGCACCGACUUCACCACCAACGACGCCUGGUCCGUCGCCGGCACGGCCGAAGAUCUGAACGCCUUAAAGGCCGCGCUGCGCAACGGCACGUACAAGGAUCUGAACAUCUACUUCCACACGGACCUCGCCGGCGGGAAUCUCGGGACUUGCACUUUGCCCAGCCAAGUCCCCGCCGGCGCUGCGCCGUCGGUGUACGUGAGCGAUGGCUGUAACGUCAACGCCGCUACCAUGCCUGGCGGGACCAUGGGCGGGUAUAACCAAGGCAAGACCGCUGUACACGAAACAGGACACUGGAUGGGUCUCCUCCACACUUUCGAAGGCUACUCGUGUGAAGGCGACGGGGAUAUGAUCGACGACACGCCGCAGGAAUCGCAGCCGACGGAUGGGUGUCCGGAUAAGCCGCCCAAAGACAGCUGUCCGAGUGCCACGGGCGUGGAUCCGAUACAUAACUAUAUGGAUUACUCGACGGAUGCUUGUUAUGAAGGGUUUACGCCGUUGCAGGUUGUAAGGAUGGAGAAUUUGUGGAAUCAGUUUCGAGUGGGUCAGUAG